GAGGGAGAAUGUGGCAGUGGUUUUUAAGUAGGCAUGUUUAGCUUGAAAUUAUCUAGGUCUCUGAUCGUGUCAACCCAAGUCGUGAGUCCUUGAGAAAUUCCGUUAUGGCUCCUGUCUUAGGUUAUUGGAAUAUCCGUGGUCUUGCUCAACCCAUCAGAUUAUUGUUAGCUUAUACUGAAACAGAGUUUGAGGACAAAACCUAUUCUUAUGGACCACCUCCAACUUUUGAUCGUAGUGCUUGGCUGAAUGAAAAAUUCACUCUUGGUCUUGAUUUUCCCAAUUUGCCUUAUUAUAUCGAUGGUUCAGUGAAGCUCACCCAAAGUUCUGCAAUUAUGCACUAUUUGGCUCGGAAAAAUAAGCUUGAUGGAGCAACUGAAGAAGAAAAAAUAAGAAUAGAUUUGGCUGAGCAACAAUUGAUUGAUUUCCGUAUGGCAUUUGUUCAAUUGUGUUACAAUCCAAAUUUUGAAACUUUAAAGUGUGAUUAUCUGACGAGUUUACCUGAUAAAUUGAAGUUAUUUUCUAAUUUUCUUGGAAAAAACAAAUGGUUUGCUGGCAAUAAUCUUUCUCAUGCUGACUUCAUAAUUUACGAAAUGUUGGCUCAACAUAAAUUGUUUGCACCAGACUGUUUGAAAGAAUUUUCAAAUUUAGAAGAAUUUGUUACAAGAUUUGAAGAUUUGCCCACCAUAAAGAAAUAUAUGAAAUCUGAUCGAUUCCUCAAAUGGCCUCUGAAUGGUGAUAUGGCAAAAUUUGGAUCACGAAGCACCUCUCCUCCAAAAUAAUAAGCAACAGUUGUUGGGAAGAUAGUUUCAUAUUGAAUGUAUUUUUCUAUUUCAAUAUUUUGCAAUAAAUAUUUUUAAAAUUUUGAAA